UAAUUAACCGAGAGGAGGAUCAUUUAAAAUGGCCACGAGGAACAACACAAAAAAGGGAAUACAAGAUUUAAAAGACAUAAAAACCCCAGAUAAAAACGGGGAAGAUAUGAACAGUAAAUUAGAAAAAAUGACUGAAAUGAUGGCCAUGAUGCACGAAGACACAAAGGAGACCAUCACCAGAUUCCGUGAAGAAACUAAAGACGGAUUUGACAAACUAGGAAAUCGUCUAGAUAAAAUGGAAAUGGAAUUGACAGAAGUCAAAAAAGACUUGAGCCAACUGAAAAAGGUGGAAGAAAAUAUCAUAGAAAUGAAGCACGAAAUUAAGCUAGCAAAUAACAACAUUGCCACCCUGGAUGUUAGAACAGGAAUAGUCAAAAAUGGGAUUGAAGAAGUAAAAAACCAGAUGGCCUUACUAGAAUUAAAAAUGAAAGAAAACGUAUUAAGACUGAGAGGCUGUGAGGAAAGUGAAAAUGAAAACACAAGAAAAAUGGUAGUAGAUGCAAUAGCUGAGUUAUUAUCUUUAGGAAAAGAAGAAGUUUGGGAGGCCAUAGACAAGGUUUAUAGAAUAAAUUCAAGAACAGCAAGAAUUAGGAAACUCCCUAGAGAUAUAAAUGUAACUUUCACGAAAAAAAUAUAUAGAGACGAAAUCCUCCAGGCCCAUGCAAAACAGAGACUGUUAAUAAAUCAAAAACAAGUGAUUGUGCUUAAAGAGAUACCGCUAUACAUACGUAAGAAAAGAAAAGGCUACCAACCAUUGGUGUCCUGGUUAACGGAAAAUAAAAUUACGUACAGGUGGCUGCAGCUGGAAGGUCUUACCUUCUUACAGAAUCAGAAAAGGAUUACUGUAGACUCCUUAGAGGGAAUGGAUAAUUUUUUAGAUCACCACAGGAAGAAGAUGAUCGAGAGGACGUAAGGGGGAGAAGAAGGAGUGGAAGAGGAAGAGAAGACACGGAAGAAAGCAAAGAAAAUGACGAAGAGAGACAACAAACAAACAAGGCAAACAAUGAGAAGAUUGCACUAUAUAUAUAGGGUCUAUAGAGUUUAAGAUUAAAUAGAUUAAGAAUAAUUACAAGAGUUACGAUAAGAAAUAAGAGUAAAUGAGAGAUAAAGCAUAAAAUGGAGAUUUGUACUAAAGAUGUCUAUAUUAUUUUGUAAAAGAAUGUUAUUCGUAUAUAAUUAAAGAUGUUUUUGCCUGAAGAUAUAGAAUUAAGAAUAGGGGAGGCAGGAGAAAGAACCAGUAGAGAGAUGGCAAUAUUUCUC